CGAUGCCAAGACCUCGACCGCCGGAGAGGGGCCUUAGAUUUCAACCUCAUGUUGGCUCUCAUGAGGUUGAGUUACAAAUGUGCAAGUCUGUCAGGAUGGACAAACGUCAACGUCUCUGCGCUCUGGCGGGAUCAUCUCUCCCAAGAGGAGAAACCUCCUUCUGUUCGAACGCUCCAGUCAUGGUAUUCCAAAGGUACAAAGCUAGCGAAGCUAGCUGGAGGAGGCACAAUUUAUAUGCUCCUCUGGAUGGCUUUCAUGAAUCUGAGGGCGCCGUUUGUGGAAGCCGAUGGCACCAUAGCAAGCGACAUCGCUGACUUGCUGCGGUGCCCCGACUCAGAGUCAUCCAUGGGACGUCUCGUCAGACGCGAGAUCAUUCCGACGAUCUCGUUUGUGAGGGAACGGUGCCCCCUCAGACUAGUUGACAUGUUCGGCAUGGAUACUCUCACAGCUUUGGGAUUUCCCUUAACCAGUCUUUGCGGUGACCUUGCGGUCUCUGAUCAGUUCUUCAGGGUUCUUCCGUCGCAAACCUUUGCCCCUGUGUCCCGCGAUCUUUAUGCGUGGGCAUCUUGCUAUGACAUCGCUCCCUUGGCCAAUCUAUUCCCUCCCGCCGUAUCUGAGAGCGAAGAGGGCGACGGCGAUCUCUCAGAGCCUUCACCGCUAACCCCACUGUCGCAGUUGCCCGACCUAGCUAGCUGGGAUGAAAGAUCUGAAGCACCCUCUCCGUUAUCCAGUCUCUCGUCCAUCACUCCUCAGAUACUUCACCGCUCUUCUUCGCCGCCUGCUCAUGUCGUUGCCUCCUCGUAUAACGAUCAAGCGCCCUUGAACCAACGGUUUCAGCCGCCCAGGGAUCGUGAAGGCAGCUCAAGUUGGACCGAGCAUGAGCGUCAUUUGGCUCAGAAAGCCAUAGUACCGGCCACGCUCGCGCAGUUGAGGGAUCUGUUGCAAAAGAUGUACGAUGACGACGGUGUUCGCCGGUCUAGUGCAGAGUAUGUCAGAAUAGACCGGGAUCUCUUCGAAGAAUCUCUCAUGGUCAGAUCUGUCAACGGAGACGUGAUCGCCUGCAUAUGCACCUCAAUGCCACAGAACAUGCGUGACGGACUGAUCGACCGCCUCGCUGCGUGUUUCGAGCCAGACGCGCUACAGGAUACUGAUACCUCUGCGUCUGGAGGUGAAAACCUUUACCAGGCCAUCCACUUUGCGUGGUAUAACCGCCAUUGCACUACUGGACAAGAUGCUCCUCAGGACGUCCCGCCAACGAUGCUUCAGAGGACCGGUGGCCUACGAACCAACUACAGCCAGUUGAUACCAUAUCCGUCCAAGGACAUGACGACCAACCAGUCAAUUUAUCAGUCGAUGAAGAAUAUAUUAGGACCGAUGUUCGAAUGGGUUGAUAACAAGGUCAAGGACUUGAUGCCCUAUGAAUACGAGAUACUGGCCCAAUACGCCAGAAUAUUACCGGAAAACCAUCAACCAAUCUCUGCUCCGUUCGUCGGUCUGGCCGUCAACUUGAACAUCGUUACCAAAGCCCAC